AAAUUCAAUAUUUGCAAAUAAUAAUAUCCAAUUACUUAACCUGUCUAUUUUACUAGUAAUAAAUUUUGAUUAGAUUAGUCAUUAACUAAAAUUAAUUCCUUUUUUACAAAGUCUUAACCCUAAACCGAAAGUAACGCUCAAACCAAAUUAAAACCAAAUCACAAAAUUAAUCAAAAUCUCAAAUUCAUGAACACAAUAGCACUGUUAUCGUCUUCAAUGGUUCAGCCCUUAAUCAUAUAGCCAUGGACUCCACUCUUCCUCUUUCUCAAUCAAUCCAAAUAACUCAACCCAUUUUACCCUCUUCUCCUAAUAAACUCCCUGUCAAACGCAAAGCAACCGACGACCCCUUUACCGGCGCCGGCGCCGGUGAUGCCAAUGGAGGAGUUGGAGAAAUGGGUUCGGACCCACCAUUCAAAUUUCAUAGAAUAUGGACUGAACCGGAUGAGAUCCGGUUUCUUCAAGGUCUACUUGAUGGGUCAUCGGAAAAUCUCUUCUUCCCUCGUGAUCUUAAUGUUUUCUAUACUCGUUUUUCGAAUACUAUGUCGCAGCCUUAUACGAAAUCUCAGCUUUCAGAGAAGCUUCGUAGGCUUCGGAAGAAGUUUCGGGUUAUUUCUUCUCGUUUGAGUAAAGGGUUAGAUAGGUCGUUGUUGUCUCCUCAUGAUCGUGCUUUGUAUGAUCUAUCGAAACAGCUAUGGCAUCCUGAUUUUUCUGAUACAUCGCCUUUUAAUGCUGAGAAAUCGAAGAAAUCGAAUUUGGUUGGGGUUAAGGUUAGUUUUUUGCCGAAUAUUUAUGACCCAAAUCGAUAUGGUAUUGUUCCUUACCAAGAUGAGAAUGGGUCGAACUGUAAUGGUGUUUCAGUGAAUGAGGAAGUGGAACAGGGUGAAGAAGAUAAAGAGAAUGAUGGUAAUGUUGAGUUUGAUGAUGAAGAUGGGAAGUUGAGUGAGGUGAAUGUGGAAUUGGAUACAGGGGAGAUAGGGGAUGAACGCGUUGAAUUUAGUCGUGUGAAUGGUCCGGUUCCAGUUGGAAUUGAAUUUGGUGUUGGGGAUACUGCUGCAAAAGUGGUAAUGGAUGUGUUUGAUGAGUGUUUGAAAGAUUUUAGAAAUGGAGAAAGAUCAAAUCUUGGUGCUGUUAUGAAGGAAACAAGCUCGAACGAGUUUGAAGAGAGGUGGAAGGAACAAAGAGUCGCGGAGUUGAAAGUAUUGGCUCGUCGUAUGAGGUUGGUACUUGAGCAUUCUCUUCAAAGUCUAUGAGUAAAUGUGUUAAACUGUAUAUGGUUUGAGUUUUGAGUUUAGAUUUCCGUAGUAGCUUUUUUUCGCUCAUAUAGUAGUAUUACUACCUUUUGUUCAAGAAAUUUUGUAAAUUUAUGGCAAAAGAAGAGGUUUCUUUUUCAUA